UGGGGAUGACACAGAUAGCAAGUCCGAGUCAGAGCUGCCGCUACAUUUAGGAGAAGCAGCGGUGACUGCAGCUCCACCUCCAGGGGGGUCCGUGGGGGGGUGGUGUCAGGGGAAUGGACGUCACCCCCCUGGGGUCUCUGCUGCCGGCUACUCUCCUCUCCACGCACUGGACCCUGCAUGCCUGGAGAAGGGCCCUGGGUGCCUAGGGAAGGGCCUGGACUUCUCUCUCAAGCAGAUUGCAGCGCAGAGAACUCCUCCAGGGAAGAAGUUGAAGCAGUAUCAGCCCUCCCAGGACGCCCGAGGUCCCCCAGGGCCCCCGCCGGCCUGCGCCUGAGUGCACGGCGCCCGCGGCCAUGGCGCAGGAGAACGCGGCCUUCUCGCCCGGGCCGGAGGAGCCUCCGCGGCGCCGCGGCCGCCAGCGCUACGUGGAGAAGGACGGCCGCUGCAACGUGCAGCAGGGCAACGUGCGCGAGACCUACCGCUACCUGACCGACCUGUUCACCACGCUGGUGGACCUGCAGUGGCGCCUCAGCCUGCUCUUCUUCGUGCUCGCCUACGCGCUCACCUGGCUCUUCUUCGGCGCCAUCUGGUGGCUGAUCGCCUACGGCCGCGGCGACCUGGAGCACCUGGAGGACACCGCGUGGACGCCGUGCGUCAACAACCUCAACGGCUUCGUGGCCGCCUUCCUCUUCUCCAUCGAGACGGAGACCACCAUCGGCUACGGGCACCGCGUCAUCACCGACCAGUGCCCCGAGGGCAUCGUGCUGCUGCUGCUGCAGGCCAUCCUGGGCUCCAUGGUGAACGCCUUCAUGGUGGGCUGCAUGUUCGUCAAGAUCUCGCAGCCCAACAAGCGCGCCGCCACGCUCGUCUUCUCCUCGCACGCCGUGGUGUCGCUGCGCGACGGCCGCCUCUGCCUCAUGUUCCGCGUGGGCGACCUGCGCUCGUCGCACAUCGUCGAGGCCUCCAUCCGCGCCAAGCUCAUCCGCUCGCGCCAGACGCUCGAGGGCGAGUUCAUCCCGCUGCACCAGACCGACCUCAGCGUGGGCUUCGACACCGGCGACGACCGCCUCUUCCUGGUCUCACCGCUCGUCAUCAGCCAUGAGAUCGACGCCGCCAGCCCCUUCUGGGAGGCGUCACGCCGCGCCCUGGAGAGGGACGACUUCGAGAUCGUUGUCAUCCUCGAGGACAUGGUGGAAGCCACGGGAAUGACUUGCCAAGCUCGGAGCUCCUACCUGGUGGACGAGGUGCUGUGGGGCCACCGCUUCACGUCCGUGCUGACCCUGGAGGACGGCUUCUACGAGGUGGACUAUGCCAGCUUCCACCAGACCUUCGAGGUGCCCACACCCUCGUGCAGCGCCCGGGAGCUGGCGGAGGCUGCGGCCCGCCUCGAUGCCCACCUUUACUGGUCCAUCCCCAGCCGACUGGAUGAGAAGGUGGAGGAGGAGGGCGCGGGGGAGGGCGCGGGGGAGGGCGAGGGUGCUGGGGCCGACAAGGAGCAGAAUGGCUGUCUGCCACCCCCAGAGAGUGAGUCCAAGGUGUGACCAGUUUCCUCCAGACCUCUGUGGCAGACCGGGGGCCGGACCCAGGUAAAUGGGGAGCCGGUGUUUGGAGGUGAGUGAAGAGGAGCCAGGCAAGGUCCCUGGGAAUCGCUGAAGUUGGAGAGGACCUCAGGACCUGGAGGCUAGGAUCCAGCAUGGUCCAGGAGCGGGAGGGUGGGGCUGGGGAACAUCCUGUCUGUGUCUGACCUUCGCAUCUGUUCAUGGGCGGAUAGACGGACAGAGGAUGGACUGAGGGCUGGAUGGAAAGGUGGUGGCAGAGAGAGCUGCUCACGGGUAGGUAAAUGGACGGACUGACAUUGGUGCAGUCUAGGCCACUGCUAACCUGCAGAACACCUUUAUGCAAAUUCCAAAAAGAACCCCUUCCUCCAGAUUUUGCUGCCCUAAAGCAGGGUGCAUGGCGUGGGGAGCAGAGUGUGGGAUGGGGUGCAGCCCCCUCACCUCCUUGAUCAGCCUUCCCGUAUGACCCCCCUGUGUAACUGGACACAGUAGCCCCAAGCUGAACCAGAGGAGAGAGCUGGGGGAGUGGGCAGCGAUGGGGAGGUGCCCUCCCAGCUUCGCCCCUACCACCGUGAUAGGCUGUGCAGGAAGAUGGCGGGCUCCGAGGACGCCCAGCGAGGCGCAGUUGACCCUAGUUCACACUGAUGCAGGGAAGCAGCAGCUGGGCCUGGGGGCAGGGCCAGGGAGCAGAGAAUCAGGGGUGGCUAUUUUCUGCAGAGGCAGGAAGGGAGGGAGAGGUUCUGGGAGAGAAGGGCCAGAGGGCGAUCUCCAAAGUGAGUUUGGAGAGGGGAGUCUGUCCUUGGAGCACAGGCACUGAUGCCCUGUGGGGCAGACACCCACGGAAUACAGGGCACUAGGAGACAGGAUGAUGGCUGCGGCGGCCAGGCGAGGUACACGGUUCACACCGAGAAGCUGCGCAGUCUGUCAGAGCAGGGGGAGGGAUGUCGCGGUGAUCAGAAAGCAGGGGGCUAAGUGAGGCACCGGCAGCGGUGUGAGCCGGCAGUCCCACACCAGUGUGUACCAGAGUCACUGGAGGGCUCAUUGAAACCCAGGUUGCCCCACUCCCUGGCCCUCUGCCUCAGGAGGCCUGCUUUUGGGUGGGACCACAAAGCUGCAUUUCUAAGCAGGCCCCUGGUGGUGCUGUUGGACGUGGAGAUGGCGAGUGAGCUGGGGGGUAGCUGGGAGCCAUUGAGGAGCCUUGGGGAGUGGACAGACAGGAAGACUGUGUGUGAGGAGGGAACAGUGGGCCAGGAGCGGCAGUCGGUAGAAGGGAGGCAGCAGGAAGGUGACGGACAGGGCAGGUACGAGGAAGUGUAGACAGCCUUGAGCCAGAGCAAGAGGGACUUCAGAGGCCAAAGAUGAUCCCUCGUAGGACCGAGUAUGGGAGAGUGUGAGAGAAGCGGGAGGAGGCCGCACGUUUGUGUGCCCAAGCCUGCCGUGUGCGCAGCUGGGACAGGGCCCUGGAGGCACGGCUCCCAUCCCACCCCUGCCCCUUCCCAGUCUCCAGCGGCAGGCCCCCCCCCCC